GGAGCGACCUGAGGGGAUUUGAGUACACGUUGUUGUUAUUGUUGUUGCUGCAGACACACAGUCGUGUGUGUGUUAUAGUGUAAGUAAUGUAUCACCAGCCUGUGCUGAAGAACAGACGCACUCUCCUCGAGAGAGCGGAGAAGUUUGUCUCUGAUAUUUAUUUCACUGACUGCAACUUAAGAGGACGACUUUAUGGAGACUCUUGGCCGCUGGAGUCCCUCUCCUGCUUCUUAUCUCCUAAACGGAUCACUUUUACAGAAGCCUCUCAGCAGACCUUUGAGCCUCAUCAAGUUGGCGAUACCUUUGGGCCAACGUGGUGGACAUGUUGGUUUAAGGUGAACCUGAAAAUCCCUGAGUCCUGGAGAGGGAAAGAGGUUCAUCUUCUGUGGGAAAGUGAUGGGGAAGCAAUGGUGUGGAGAGAUGGAGAACCAGUGCAGGGGCUGACAAAAGACGGCGAGAAGACAAGUUACAUCCUGUCUGAAUGUCUAAAAGAUGACCAGCCACAUAGCGUCACCCUCUUUAUAGAGAUGGCCUGUAAUGGGCUUUUUGGAGCUGGUCAAGGGAACUUUAUUGCAGCUCCAGACCCAAACAAGAAGUUUUCUGUACACAAAGCUGAGCUGGUGGUUUUUAACCGAGACGUAAGGGAGCUGCUGACUGAUUUCGAGAUGCUUAUUGACAUUGUGAAGGAACUAGGAGAAGGAGAGCAGCGAGGCUACCAGGCGCUCUUCACUGUGAAUGAGAUGGUCAACCUCUGCGACCCUUCUGAUUCCAGCUCUUUCACCAAAGCACACGUUCUGGCUGACAAAUUUUUCAGCCAAAGGAACGGAGACAGCCAGCACACUGUCCACGCAAUGGGUCACUGCCACAUAGACUCAGCCUGGCUGUGGCCAUAUGAAGAGACCAUUCGUAAAUGUGGCCGGAGUUGGGUGACAGUGAUCCGUUUGAUGGAGAGGAACUCAGACUUUGUGUUUACCUGCUCUCAAGCCCAGCAGUUUCAGUGGGUAAAGAGCUGGUACCCAGGACUCUUCUCCCAGAUACAACAUUACGUCAAGAGAGGCCAGUUCAUUCCGGUUGGAGGAACAUGGGUGGAAAUGGAUGGGAAUCUGCCCUCAGGUGAGUCCAUGGUCAGACAGUUCUUGCAAGGCCAACGCUUCUUUAACCAAGAGUUUGGGAUCCAUUGCAAAGAGUUCUGGCUUCCAGAUACAUUUGGCUACUCUGCUCAGCUUCCUCAAAUCAUGCAGGGUUUUGGCAUUUCCAACUUUUUGACGCAGAAGCUCAGCUGGAAUCUGGUCAACAUAUUUCCUCACAACACAUUUUUCUGGGAAGGUCUGGAUGGGUCCAAGGUUUUAACACACUUCCCACCUGGGAAUUCCUAUGAAAUGAAGGGCAAGAUUGAAGACCUUGUCAAAACACUAAAGAACAACAAAGAUAAAGGCAGAGCCAAUCACAGUGCACUGUUGUUUGGUUUUGGUGACGGUGGCGGCGGACCCACACAACUGAUGUUAGACAGACUGCACCGGGUCAAGGAUACAGAUGGGCUACCAAAAGUCCUGACGUCAUGUCCCGACAAGCUUUUCUCACGGCUUCAGUCUGACUCGGCUCUGCUGUGCACUUGGACUGGAGAGCUCUUUCUGGAGCUGCACAAUGGCACAUACACCACCCAGGCACAGAUUAAACAAGGGAACCGUCGAUGUGAGACUCUCCUUCAUGAUGUAGAGGUAGCCAGCAGCUUGGCACGGUGUCGGGACAACACAUUUAAGUAUCCCGUGGAAAAACUGCAAGAGCUGUGGAGGCUACUUCUUCUAAACCAGUUCCAUGAUGUGAUCCCCGGCAGCUGUAUAGAGAUGGUUGUGCAGGAUGCUUUACGCUAUUAUGAAGACAUCAGUAGUGAUGGCACUGCACUGCUGCACGAGGCAUGUGGAGCCCUGGGGUCAAAAGGAAACAGCAGUGGUGUGUUCAACUCUCUGCCCUGGGAACGACAUGAAGUCAUCGAGUUUGAAGAUGGUGCUGGUAAACCUGAUCUUGCUCUGGUAACCGUUCCAAGUGUUGGUUUAUCUCCUGUCAAAGACACACAGCCUGUGACUCCAGUCUCCGUCACUGUUCAGACCCACGGCACUGUUGUCAUGGAGAACGGGAUUUUAAGGGCUGUUGUAAAUGAAGAUGGGACUUUGGCAUCACUGUGUUUGAUCAAAGCAAACAGAGAGUCCAUCUCUGACGACUGCUCUGGGAACCAGUUUGUCAUGUUUGAUGACAUCCCUCUGUACUGGGACGCCUGGGAUGUAAUGGACUACCAUCUUCAGACAAGGAAGCCAGUGCUGCAGGUGGUGGAGCCUGUUCAUGUGGUGUCCUCGGGUGGACUAAGAGGCGUCGUCCGCUUCACCCUCAGGAUAAGUGAUGAAAGCACCAUCACACAGAACAUUGUCAUGGACGCCAUGUGUCCUUUCAUCAAAUUCACAACAGAGGUGAAGUGGGCAGAGUCGCACAAGUUUCUGAAGGUGGAGUUCCCGGUGCGAGUGCACAGCCCCAAUGCUACAUAUGAGAUACAGUUUGGACAUCUGCAGAGACCCACACACAGAAACACUUCAUGGGACUGGGCCAGAUUUGAGGUUUGGGGUCACAAGUGGGCCGACUUGUCAGAGCACAACUUUGGAGUUGCACUGCUGAACGACUGCAAAUACGGCUACUCAGUCCACAAGAACACGAUGACACUUUCCCUACUGAGAGCACCAAAGGCCCCAGAUGCCAAUGCUGACAUGGGAACUCACCACUUCACCUAUGCGAUUAUGCCACACACAGGAUCCUUCCAGGAUGCCUCUGUAAUCCAGUGCGCAUACAACCUUAAUUUCCCUUUAAGGUUAAUGAAGUGCGCUACCGACGCUGUGCCCUGGAGUGCCUUUUCUGUCAGUACUGAAGCCGUGAUCCUGGAAACCAUUAAACAGGCCGAGGACAGGGAGGGAGGACUUGUAGUCCGACUCUAUGAGUCACAUGGGAGCAGCGUCACAGCAAUUCUCUCCACCACCCUUCCAGUGAAGGAAGCCUGGCACUGUGACCUCUUGGAGAGACAGGAUCCCACACAGCCAGCAAACAUUACUUCAGGGCAAAUCACUCUGACGUUUGGCCCCUUUCAAAUCGUGUCACUGCUCCUCAUCCUGUGAACACCCAGACUCAGGGUAAUCAUAUGAAAUAUUGAUAAAAAUGUAUGUGAUAUGAUGUAUUCAUAGGUAUAAGUAUAGGCAAUGUGACGAUCAACAUUCCAAUAAAGAAGGUAAAAUCA